AUGAAACUCAUCUUCUCUACAGAUCGUGUUCGCUUUGCUACUAUUACCAACCCCGAUGGACAAGUCCUCUACAAAAUCACCACUUCUGGAUCGCCCUUCAACUUCAUAAAGUCUCGCACGACCACAAUCUGGAAAACAAUCCCUAACUCUUCGAGUCCUAUAUACCACGAGCAUCUCGGUGAUGGAGCGCCCGGACAACUGAUUUCAAACGACUCGUAUACAGAGGGAGAUGGCGUGAGAGAAGGAGAGGGACUGAGCGAAGUGGACAUGCAAGAUCAUUUCACACGAGUCGCUGAGAUCGAGUGGCACACUUUGAGCUCUUCGCGCAUUCGCUGGCACGGUGUUAUCAAUGGACUUGGUGUAGGGGAGGUUCAAACGAGCGAAUUCAUCCCCCCUAAAGGGCUGCUACGAGUGCAACGCGUCUUUACAGGCGUUGAUGAAAGACCAUACCGAUGGGAGCUGGGCGCGUGGGUGUGUAGCCUUUACCUCGACGAUCAACCUUCCAAGCUACCGAUCGCCAAGUAUCACCGUAGCAGUCUCGGGCUUCUACCUGGAACAAAAGCGCAUCAAGGUUACCUGGAGGUUCAUCCCAGACCGGUUUUAUCGGGUGAUCUGACAGGCAGCCAUCCAGGGUCGAGUGAUGAUAUUGAUAUCAACUCAUACACAGAUUAUGAGCUUGAGAGUCAUUUGGAUGACGCAGAUCGCACGCGACUGGAUCAGGGGAUGCUUGACCUGAUAGUUGUCACAUUCAUUUACUGUGAGAAACUGAGGCGAGAUCAGGAGCAAGCAAACGAAAAAGAUUUUAGGUGGACUUGGUAG